CGAUGGCUUCGUGACAGACCCUCUCUUUCGUUCGAUAUCCGAAAAUAAUCCGACACCAUUCCGUAUCCGUGGAUUAUCGCGAUUAAAUUAGAAAAACGGGUCGCUACGAACGAAGAACACUACGCCGUCCGAUUUUGAAAGACGACCGAAGGCGAGAGAUCGGUUUCGACAGUUUCCUUAGUUGCGAAUGUAAAGCGACGCGAUGACGAAUCUUGUAAACGCGUAAAGAUGGUUUAAAAAGUUUGCCGCGCUCAAGGCCACGGGCUUGGCGUAUCGAUCUACAGGUUCCCUGGAUCGGGAGCAAGAACGCGGCAAUAAAGAAUUGCGGCAGUGGCGCGCCGUUGGAAUUGAGGUUAGCGUGCCGCCAAACCUCUGGAUCCUUUCUUCGUUUUCUGGUAUUGACCGGGUGGGCGCUCGUGGCGUGCUACGCCAUCGCCAUCUUUCGGAGGUUUGGCUCACCGUUCGGAAAAAUGAGUUUGGGCGGGAGGGAGGUGCACGACUGACGCGAGUGAUUGACGAUCGGGAUGUGCGUUCCCAUCGUGAGGAACUCGGCUUCGUAAUUGCUUCGGCAAAGAGAAGCACGUACUAGCAAGCUACAAUCGAUUGUGUGGAAAGAAAUUUCGCGACAUUUCGCGAGGUGAACAAACGCUGGCAAUGUCGAGGCGAAGGCGCGACAACGGUGUCCCGUGCACUCGAGUGGAGAGGAUUGGGCGAAUCGAAACAAUAACGAACUCGGAUGCGUCGCACGACUCGUAUGAUCGACGCGGGGGUGAACGAUCUCCGUGAAGGCAAAUGUCCGAGAUGUUUGGAUCAUCGGUCUCGCGGCGACAUACACACGAAGGGAGACGUUUGUAACUGUCGCGAGUGAGUUCGUGCGAGGCUGGAUGGUCGCCAGCUCGAUCGACACGGACAUCGGACGGCGAUUGGACCAGGAGCGUAUCGUUCGAAGGAAGCAGAGGAAUCGGAAAAAGUAGGAUAUCGAAGGGCCGAGAAGACGAUAGACGAACGAUUCGCCAGAUCAAGAGCUGCGAGCGAGAAGAAGAAGAAAGAAAAGAAACGAAGGAGAGAAAACACAGAGAGACAUAGAGAAAAUCGGAACAAAGCGUGGCCGUGUGUGCGAGAGGAACUCGCGGCAGGAGCAGCCACGGAGGCAGAGCGAGAGAGGUGGAGUGAACGGGCGAUAAUCGAGGAUUUGAAUGGGUGGGCCGGGAGCCGGUAGGGUUAGCAGGCACGAGCUGAACGCGGUGCCAAAGAGCGACGUCGGUCACGGGGAUCGGACCCUCGUAAUCGGCGAGCCAGCACCACCACCACCGGCCUGUCCGUAUCAUCCGACUUCGGCUUCGAGUUCGGAACGCGCGAUCUCAGCAUCCGGCCACCUGGUCCCCGCCCAGCUGCCGCCUUCGCCGCCGCCACUCGCCUCGCUGCACAUCACCGUCAACAACUGCACCUCCAUUGGCAACAACAAUACUAGCGCCAAGCCGGACGCGAUCUCGAACGGUACCAAGGCUGCUGCGACCAUGUCCUCACCACCCAAGCAUCGAAGGGGCUUCGACCCCAACGACGUAAACGCCACAGACUAUCGCCGUUAUCGUCGCGUUAAAACGACGAAACGAUCGCUGCCGAAACUCAGCAGCCAGGACGAGGAUGGGCCGAACCCACACACCCAAUACACAGGCGUCACGCAGUUCGAGCCCAUACCGCACGAUCAUGACUUUUGCGAGAGGGUCGUCAUUAACGUGAGCGGGCUACGGUUUGAGACGCAGCUGCGUACGCUGAACCAAUUUCCGGACACGCUGCUUGGCGAUCCGCAUCGGCGGAUCCGAUACUUCGAUCCGCUUCGCAACGAGUACUUCUUCGACCGGAAUCGGCCCUCCUUUGACGCGAUACUUUACUACUAUCAGAGCGGUGGCAGGCUGCGUCGCCCGGUCAACGUUCCUCUCGAUGUCUUCUCCGAGGAAAUCAAGUUCUACGAGCUGGGCGAGCUGGCCACCAAUAAGUUCAGGGAGGACGAGGGGUUCAUCAAGGAAGAGGAGAAGCCGCUGCCAUCGCAUGAGUUGCAGAGGAAGGUUUGGCUGUUGUUCGAGUACCCGGAAAGCUCGCAAGGCGCCCGGGUAGUCGCCAUUAUAUCCGUGAUCGUGAUCCUCCUGUCGAUCGUGAUAUUCUGCCUGGAGACCCUGCCGGAAUUCAAGCACUACAAGGUCUUCAACACGACAACGAACGGCACGAAGAUCGAGGAGGACGAAGUGCCGGACAUUACCGACCCGUUCUUCCUAAUAGAGACUAUUUGUAUCAUCUGGUUCACGUUCGAGUUAUCGGUGCGCUUCCUCGCCUGUCCAAAUAAACUGAACUUCUUCCGUGACGUAAUGAAUUUCAUCGAUAUCAUCGCCAUCAUUCCGUAUUUUAUCACGCUCGGUACCGUGAUGGCCGAGGAUCAGGACAUGCCUGAUGAACCAAAGGCACCGGUAAGCCCGCAGGACAAGAGUACGAACCAGGCGAUGUCCCUGGCGAUACUCAGGGUGAUCAGGCUCGUCAGGGUGUUCCGGAUAUUCAAGCUGUCCAGGCACAGUAAAGGCCUUCAGAUCCUCGGUCGUACGCUCAAGGCCUCCAUGAGGGAGCUCGGCUUGCUCAUCUUUUUCCUCUUCAUCGGUGUGGUGCUGUUCUCGUCGGCGGUUUACUUCGCGGAGGCGGGCUCGCAAGACAGCUUCUUCAAAUCGAUACCGGACGCGUUCUGGUGGGCGGUGGUCACGAUGACGACCGUGGGCUACGGGGACAUGAGGCCCGUCGGAGUUUGGGGAAAAAUUGUGGGCUCUCUGUGCGCGAUCGCUGGUGUGUUGACAAUCGCCCUGCCUGUCCCCGUCAUCGUCUCCAACUUCAACUACUUCUACCAUCGUGAGACUGACCAGGAAGAGAUGCAGUCGCAGAACUUCAAUCACGUGACCAGCUGCCCGUAUCUCCCUGGUCAACACUUGAAGAAGAGCUCGAUGUCGGAAUCGUCGUCGGAGAUAAUGGAGCUGGAAGAGGGCAUACUGCUCACUCAUCCGGAGAUUACGAAGAAGCCCAACUGCAACCCUCGCCAUAAUAACAAUAUUAAUCCAGCCUGUAUGAGCAUCGAGACUGACGUCUGACUACUAGUGAAGGAGACGGUGGCAACGUGGUGGCUAAUGCUGAAACAGUUAUCGAGAAACAGCUGCAGCUUGCUACGGUGCCUGACGUAGGCCUCCUUCACACGUCGUCGUAGUCGCGCUAGCUGCGAGCGCUAGCGUUAGCGCGUGUACGCGUGCGCGCUGACUGUUGGAUUGCACGCGGCUGCGCAUGCGCGCACGUGCGCGCCAACCCGCCGUCUGUCCAUAGUCUGUCAAUACGAGGGGUGCUUCCAAUCCAUUACCACGUGUCAACGAGAGAUAAGAAAGGACGAGAAAUAACGGAGAAAUUCAACGACCAAGAAUCGGCUGACUAAUACGGGUGCCACGUAAUUUCUUCCAUCGGCGCAGCGCGAAAAAUCGAAGAUGCCCGUCGGCAGAACAAGAGAAAGAUAAGAGAGAAACGCGAUGAGACAAAGAGGGAAGAGAAAGGGAAAAUGUGGAGGAACGAGUUUAAACGAGUAUCUGCAGGCGUAACGAUAAAAGCCCGAGACAAGGGUGGGAAAGCGAUAAACGAGGAAACUGGUGGCGACAGUUUUGAGGAGGAACCGUGCGUGGAGAACGAGAGGGCAGCCGUUUCGGAGGUGUUCACGAUACACACGCACCCCGCGUAGGGACCUACGUGCUAAUAAGGGGAUGGAGCAGGAUAUUUCAGUCGCGCGUCCACUCCCCACACCACCGACUCCAGUGUUCAAUACAAAUGCUAACAAAUAAAUAAAAAGUAACAAAUAAACGGUAUAAAUGAAACGAAGGGAAGAGAAUUAAGUCGCGGCGGCUUCGCGAAUUAAGAAAGAAAAAAGAAAAAAAAAGAAAAAAAAAAGAAAAAAAAUACAUAAGAGAACGUGGUCGAGCCCUUGCCUCCUGCGAUGUUCGCGUACGCGCCAUGCCAGCAUAGCGAAUCGAAGGGGGAUCGGCCGGCAACGAAACCAGGGGAAUCGUACCAGAUAAUACUAAUUAAUUAUAUUAUCGAUGUAAUUAUAUCGAGUACACGUAGGCGAAGGUACGCUAAACAAGCAGAACAAGUAAAUAAAUAAAAGAUAUUCGUUUUAAUGAUUAUAACACUGCGCGAAAACGGACGAAGCCACGAUCGAGCGGAAGAGGAGAACAAGACAGGGGAGAGAAGAACGGAAGGAAAAUGGGGAUGGUGCUCGCGGUGAGAGGACAGACUUUUGAAGAUGAUAUCGGUAGGUGGUUGCACGGCGAGCAGCUAAGCAAACAAAGUGUGUUUCACAGCGGAGAAACAGUAUUUUUCACUGAGGACAAAUAUUCAAAGUACAGCGACAUUAAGUCGCACGUACCUCGAUCCGAGAGACCGUUGGAAUGCAAUUCGUUUUUCGGAGCGUAACACUCUACUCGUACCUGCAUACGGAUAACACCGACACAUACACAAACAUGCGCGUGCGCGCGCGCACACACACACACACACACACAAAACGAACACGCAGAUAUAUACAUGUACGAAGUUAGUAGCGCGACCACAAGCCACGUUUGUACAAUUUCGAAGAAUAGGCGUGCGUUGCUCUCGUUCAACCAUUAAGUAGCCGUCGAUCGUGCACGAUUUACGGGCUAAGAGUAACAACACACAGAUAACGUGGAAUAACUGCGCCAUAUGAAGAGAUUCGAACGGUGGGAUCGUUUCAAGUUUUACGCUACAUCGGUGGCCGCGCUUUCCAACGCAAUUACAUCAAAUUGUCGUAGCAUUUAUAAUGGAAAGAUAGUUGCACCGAUGUUCCUCUAAAGCUUGCGGCGAACGAAUCGUUCACCUUCGUGCACGUUCGAGAUACGCGCGAAUCGGAGAACGAGUCGACUAAAAAGCUCCGCGAACAAUUAUUUUCAUAUGGGCGAACGAGGGAUUCCGCU